CGUUUUCGUGAAUAUUUUUUAUUAAAACAAUUCGAACAUCUAUCUGAGUCGUUUAGCCCUGUAUGAUUUCUUAGAUAUUCAUAAUAUUAUGUAUCAAAUCACAGCGAAAUUUGGACUCUAAUCAUCCUGGAAUAAAUCACAAAAAAUUAAUACAGCCUAAAAUAUUUGAGAGCUUUUAUCACUUUUUCGAUGGUGAAAUCUUACUUCUUAAGAGUUGUUUUAACGAGCCAUUCGAUAAAAAAUUAGUGUAGUGAGCUACCUUAACCUAAUAAAUGUAUAUCUGGAAUACAUUGUGUUUUAUUCAUUAUUUUAUGAGUUGUUUUGAAUUACGGUUUAGUAGUACCCGUUAAAAACGGUAGUAUAGAAUAUCACAAAUCGUACACAAGUUGCAGGUUGUAAAUUUAUACAUUGACUAUGAAACUAUAAUUGUUUAUUUGCAUAAAGAAAGCCAGCUAAUGUUUAGAAUGAUUGAAAAUGGUGCGGUAAAGAGAAUCAUUGCGCCCAAGUUUCUAUAAGGAACCCCCCCCCCCCCCAACCCCCCAUGUUAAAUAAGUCGGAGAGGCUACAUUAUUAGCGUUGAAAGUGACGGCAAAAUUGUUUAAAAAUAUAUUUCUUGAAUAAUAAGAAGAAGAAAUGUGGUGAGUAAAGUUAACAAAGAAUUGAAAUUGAAUUGACGGUAAAUCAUCAAAAUACUGUUGUAAUUUCACUGAAAUACAUAAGAUGCGAACAUUGAACUUAAGUUUUGGUGACAAAAUGCCAGUUAAAAAGUAAUAGUAAUGAAAACAAGUUUUACACAUAUGAUCCAGAGUAUUGAAGAAAGGUGUGAAACUGGGAUAUAUCUAUGCUGUCACAUACCACAGGAAAUUGUUAUCAUAACAGUAUAGAGGACCGUGUAUUGUACCUGUACACCAUAGCAUAGGGCCUACUUAUAAGAAACCAUAGACACCAUGUGCUACUUGUAGCUAUUGGGAUUUGUGGAUUCAGUAAUAGUUAUCCGCUCUGAUACUAGUUCUAGUACAAGCAUAGCAUACCAACAAGAAACCUAUUAUUACAUGUUAAUAUUCUUCGCUACCCUCUAAACAUGAUUUAAAUCUAUAUCACUGAUUAUAUUACGAAAAUAACGACAUUUUAAGCCUUACCUUUGAAUUUUCUUUCCAAAAUUGCUGGAAUUCUAAUGGUCACAGUCUUUUCCUUUUCAACAAACUUCAAAUUCUCUUCCAAAAAUUUGCUGAUUCUUACAGUCACAAUCUAUUCCCUUCUGCCUCUAUACAAAUACUGUUGUCGCUGUUCUUUGAACUGUUCCCGUGGUAGCGACUAUGUCUGUAACCGCUACGUUGUGUAUUAUACACAAUCAUGGGCACACAGGCGGGAAGCACCUCAGAUCUUUUCUGUAGAUCUGGGUACUUUUCGUAAACAAGUCUGUGUAUAAUACUUUUCGGACAUUUUCAAAGAUCAGAAGAUUCGAAAGAGCCAAUCUCAGCGCAGGAUAUGAAAGACAAAUGAGUAAGUGAUGUUUGAAUAAAGGCACCGUAUUCAUAUAUCUUUAUGUAUUUGCCUCAACUGAUUUCUCCUCUCGGUACUUCAAGGAAGUCUAAAAAGUAUCCAAUAUAAAGUAGAUCCAUUGCUGUUAUAUGAUAUCAUGGCACCAACUAUGGUUUCAAACUCAUCUUUCAAUUUAAUGACUGCACUUUUCUUAAAAUAUCGGACAGUCAAGGUCAACAUAAAACAAAUCAUACAUUUUCGCAAAACCGAAUAAUAAAAAAGAUUAAAACUUUUUGAUAUAACAAUUUCCAUGUCAACAGUUUAGAAAAACUUCUAAUUUAUAAAUGUGUAUAAAUUAAUUGUAGAUUUUAGGGAAAGGAUGGUAUAAUAGUCAUACAGUUUCUGUAAGGAAAAUAUAAUACUUUUCACUAUCAAUAGUGUGUUUAUUAUUUUUUUUAAGUGAAUAAAAUUUUCUGAAAGAUACAUUUCUAUCAUGCGCAAAGUUUAAUUGGAUGAAAAAAUUUUAUUUUGCAAAAACCCAUGACAUCACAUGAGGAUCGAUCUACAUGAUAGCACAUGCUCAAGCGAAACAAAGCGUUGCUUAACCAUGGCCGGUUGGACUUUGAGUUUGAAGAGGGGAAAUGUUGUCUUCCAGACAUCAAGUGGCAAUUCUUCAACAGUCAGAGAAGUAGUCUGUGGUAAAGAGGAUGAAAACUUAAAGAUUACUAUGAUUCACACAGAUUAUGAAGAAAUGGUAGUCCAUGUUUCAGCAUUAGCUUUCUAUGCCACAGACAACAUGUUCAAGUCAUUGCACGGCCUUAAUAAUGUGGAUUUUGCCAAGGAAUUUGCCAACAUAGCACAACUCAACGGACUUAAACUCAGUAGAACAUCAGUUUCAGAUGCCACACCCACUCGUGUUAAGUCCAAUUUCACGCAUGCCGUCAGUUUCCGAGAGGAAGUGCAGAUACUGAGAAACUUGCACCCAGAGAAGGAUGUGCUGAAAGAAGAUGAGAUGCUGAAUACCGCCCACAAGAUGUGGAGGAGGAAUUCUGAGGAGCAUUUCGAAAUGAAAGCGGGAUCCAUCGGUGGCCUUAUGAAAGAAGCGAUUAGUGUGGCCUGCCUUAGCCAAAGGUGUUUCAGGAAGGCUGAGAAUAUUAUGACGGAAUAUCAGCAAUGGCGAUUAAGGAGGCAGAGUAAUAACAAAGUGAACAGGAUGAUCUUUGUGCAGCUUCCUGGGUUAAGAAAAGAAUCAGAGAUCUUUGACCUACUCUGCCAGUUUGAAGAGAGGGUCUUAACCAAGAAGGAAUUCAACGAAAAACUGAAGGAGGCAAAGAGUAAACCCGAGAAGGAUAUUACCUCUAGAAAAAGACUUGGACCUGAGUUCCACGUGAGAGAACUGAAAGAGAGAAAUGCAGCAUUGGAAGAGAGGAACAUUGCUCUUCGUCGGAGAAUUCUUCAGUUGGAGAAGAAAGUGGAAACUGCUUCAAGUUCAAACAAAAGGAAAAAACAGGACAUCUAUGACUUUGAAAGUGAAAGUGAUGAAGAUGUGCAACAAUCAAUUGACAUCAAUUUGUUUGAAGAAGUAGAAAUUCCAACAUCGGAGACUAUAAGCCACGGUGACACAAUCACAGAUGAUUAUGUGGACAAUGUGAUUGUUAUAACUCCAGCAAAGCCGUACUCUCGCUACGUGGAAUUGCCCAUCACUUUGGCUGAUUCAGUAAAUGAAACUCAAAGUGUUGGCGAAACCAAUGAACAAUGCGAGAUUAAUACCAUUAUUGACCAUGAGGAAGUACUCUUCACAACACUUCAGGACCUAAGAGACUCUAGCAAAGAACAGGCUGAUGAGGAGAAGGAAAAAAAUGAGGAGGCAGAUGUUGCAAAUGAGGCUGAUGAGAAGGAGAAGGAAAGAAAGGAGAAGGCAGAUGUUGCAAAUGAGAAUGAAUGUUUUAUAGAAGUAGGACAAUUUGUCAUGGCAAAGGAUGAGGGUGACUGGUAUAAAGCUAAAGUUUUAUUAAAGAAAAAGAACAUGGUCAAAGUUCACUACCUGGGAUAUGGUUCCCAGUUUGACAAAUGGGUACAAUAUGUAGAGGCAAAGCCAUAUGAGUUUUCUGUUGGUGAAAAAGUAAAAGCCAAGUGGGAGGAUGGCUAUUUCUAUAAAGCCACAAUUACAGAUAUUGAAGGAAAAGUGUAUUCUGUACUAUUUGACGAUGGUGUGUCUGCAAAGACAGAGGACAUCAAGCUCUGAUGGUUGCCAACACAAAAAAAACUUUAAACUGAUGUCAACAAUUAAUAUUUAUUUGUCAUGUAGGUUUACUAAUAUUAAAAUACAUUUGUUAUUUAA